CAGGAGAACGAGCAGCAGCUGCGGACAAAUCACCACAGGAACCAACUGGACUGCAGCCCCCUUACAGUAACUCUGAUUCAACACACUGGAGGUCUGGAUCACCUUACAGGGGUCGGAGUCUGGCUCUGGGUCCAGGGAGGGGGGGAGUCUGACUCUGCAUGGGUGUGGGCUCCUCCUCGGCUCUCCUGACACCCCCUGGGCCCCAGGAAACUCCCUCCGCCCCCCAUCCUGCUCCUGACGUCAUGUCUGGAGGCAGGCUGCGGGGUCUUUGCAGGAGUUCUGAGAGUCUUCAGACCCGAGUCAGAUCCGGAUCGGAGGGGGACCGCAGCAGGAACCCGGGAGCUCACCUGAAGAGGUGUUGGAGUUCCUUUAUCCAGGAGUUCGGAGCGUCGAACCGGACUUUAUUAAUUAUUAUUAUUAUUAAUUCUAAAGAAACUUUAUUUCGUUGUUCGGAACAGUUUGUCGACAUGUCUUGGACUUCUUUGGGCCUGUUCCUCUCCUUCGGCUUGUUUCUGGCUCCGGUCGGUGGUUCGGCGGAGCGGCAGCCCAGUCAGAGCGGCUUCAGGCGGCUGUACGUGCUGCAGCCCGGACCGGGACCGGGACAGGGGCAGGGGUCGGGACCCGGCUCGGCCGGAGCGGCAGAGGACGGCGGGCUGAGGGUCAGCUCCAUCUCCAGCCGCCACGGUCCGGCAGGACAGCCGCUCGUGUACAACGUGGAUCUCAGCAGCUUCGGUGGGCAGGUUCGGACCCGCAGGAUGGGGAACCAGCAGGAGCAGAACCAGCAGAACCAGCUGCUGAAGCUGUCCGGGGUGAAUGUCUGCGGAGGCCAGUGCUGUCAUGGAUGGAGUAAAACUCCAGGAUCGCAGCGCUGCACAAAACCCAACUGCGUCCCUCAGUGCCAGAAUGGAGGAAUGUGCCUCAGGCCUCAGCUCUGCGUCUGUAAACCCGGUUCAAAGGGGAAGGCAUGUGAACAGACCACGGUGCCCACACACUCCAAUCCAGCGCUGCCCGGAAACACACCCUCAAACGGACACACCAACGGGCACGCUAAUGGAAACAACGUUGUACCCCAGCGGCCCAUUCCUCAGCAAGUGUUACCUAAUGGUUACGCCUCGGUGCCCCCUUCAGCCAAUAACAUGGCUCAGAUGAAACUGACUGUCAAGGCGGCCCCCCAAUUUGCAAGACCCCAGUAUCUCCAGCAGCACAUCCAACAGCAGAUACGUCCAGUGCAGAUGCACCCUGGACAGCAGUAUGUUAUAAAACCCAAAUACUACCACACACACACCACACACACUCAAACACACGUCCAGGCCCAGCCUGAGAGGCCCAUUCCUCUGACUGUGGGACACAACCCCAUCCACGCAGUCGGUAAUCAUACAGGAAGGAUCAAGGUGGUCUUCACACCCACUAUUUGCAAAGUGACCUGCAUAGGAAGCAGAUGCCACAACAACUGUGAGAAGGGGAACACCACCACCAUCAUCAGUGAGAACGGCCACACCACAGACACGCUGACAGCCCCCAACUUCAGAGUAGUGGUGUGUCACCUACCUUGUAUAAAUGGAGGGAAGUGCAGUGCACGAUAUAAGUGCCAGUGCCCUCCAAACUUUGCUGGAAAGUUCUGCCAGGUGCCAGUUCAGAAUGGACAGCAGCAAGCAUCUGUGAGCUAUGGCCACAGUCAGGUUGUCUCCACACACACCCUGCCUCUGACCUACAGCAAUGGCCAGUCUCCUGUGUUCAACCCAGGCAUCGUCAACAUUCACAUCAAACACCCUCCAGAGGCCUCUGUUCAGGUUCACCAGGUGUCUCAGCUUGACGAUUAUCACAACAGUGGGCACCAGCAGAAAGGCUCCCAGACGGGUUCUUCUUCUUCUUCUUCAUCCACCAGCUACAGCUACCACCACUCUGAAAGCAGCCAGAAGGUUCAGCACCAUGGUUAUAAUAUGGUUUAUUCCAACCAGCAUGGCUACCAGGUUCCCCAUUACCAACCCGUCACAUCCAAGAGCACUCUGGGUCGUUGCUUUCAGGAGACAACCGCUGGUCAGUGUGGAAAGGCUCUGCCAGGUCUCACCAAGCAGGAGCAGUGCUGUGGGUCCAUUGGGACUUCCUGGGGCUUCCACAAAUGCCAAAAGUGUCCACAGWACCCAUCUAUCCCUCUGAUCAGUUGUCCCCAGGGUUACAAGAGGAUCAACAGUUCUCAUUGUCAAGAUUUGGAUGAGUGCCAGCUGAAUGGCGUCUGUCCCAAUGGAAAAUGUGUGAACACUAUGGGCAGCUACAGGUGCACAUGUAAACCUGGCUAUGCCCCUGACCCCACCCUCACCACAUGCAUAUCCAACACAGCUGCCGUCCAGGAGGAAAAGGGCGCUUGCUUCCGUUUGGUCAGCUCAGGGAGGCAGUGUUUGCACCCAGUGUCUGCCCAGCUGAGCAAACAGCUCUGCUGCUGCAGUGUGGGCAAAGCCUGGGGCCCUCAUUGUGACAAAUGCCCCCCUCCAGGAACAGCCAUGUUUAAAGAAAUCUGUCCUGGUGGGAUGGGAUACACAGUUUUGCCAAACCCUCCUGUGAAUAAACCGGUAACUGUUUACCAGGAGCCCGUGGACUUGAUACCCCCACACCCCCUGCCAACACCUGAGCGACCGGUGGAAGCGUUUGGGACAAAAGAAGUGAUUAUACCAGAGCUUGUUGAGAGGACCUCUCCUCCCGCUCCAGUUGAAAUCCUCCCGACUAAUGCAGGCCAGGAAAUUGCUCCGACUCAGUCAGCAGAGGUGGACGAGUGUCACAUCAACCCUCACAUUUGUGGUCAGGGAGUUUGUUACAACACAGCUGAGAGCUAUACCUGCCACUGUUAUGAGGGCUACCACCUGGACGACACUGAGAACACAUGUGUAGAUAUUGAUGAAUGUGAGAAUGGGACAGUGUGUCCUUCGGGUAUCUGCUACAAYGAGGCAGGAGGUUACAGCUGUGGAUCCUGUCCUGACGGCUUUUUAGGGCAAGGAGGCCAGUGUGUAGAUGUAGAUGAGUGCCAGGAUGAGCGGGUCUGUAUCAGAGGUCACUGCCAAAAUACCCACGGCUCGUUCCUAUGCCAGUGUGGGCCCAGUUACAGAGUGUCACCAACUGGAGACCAGUGUGACGAUGUGGAUGAAUGUGAAGAAAUGGACCAGCCUUGCGGGGCUGUGGGCGAUUGUGUCAACAACAUGGGCUCCUACACGUGUUCCUGCCCUGAUGGUUUCCGACAGAUCAAUGGAACCAGCUGCACAGAUAUCGACGAGUGCGUGGAGGAAGCAGAGCUCUGCCACCCUCAUGGCAGAUGUCUCAACACAGAGGGAACCUAUCAGUGUGUGUGCGACCGUGGGUUCACUGCCAGCCCCAACACGCCCUCUUGUGAUGACAUUGAUGAGUGUAGGCUCAAUGAGACACAGUGUGGGUCCCAUGGAGUUUGUGAAAACACUCUGGGAUCUUUCCGAUGCGUCUGUGACCAGGGCUACCAUGUGGCCCAAGAUGGGGAAAGCUGUACAGAUUUGAAUGAGUGUGAGCUGCUGAGCAACGUAUGCGGCGAGGCGGAGUGUGUGAAUGCAGACGGUUCCUUCCUCUGUGUGUGUCCAAGUGGCCAUGAUUACAAUGUCAUGGUAGCAAAGUGUGAGCCUGUUCCCAAAGUGGAGCGGAAGGAGUGCUACUACAAUCUGAACGAUGAGAACCUGUGCGAGAGUGUGCUGACCAGCCACGUCACACUGCAGGAGUGCUGCUGUACGCUGGGAGCCGGCUGGGGGGACAACUGUGAAGUAUAUCCUUGUCCCGUCAACGGGACAGACCAGUUCAACCAGAUGUGCCCAUCAGGAAGAGGUUUUAUUCCCAGUGAGGACUUGCUUUAUGGGAUACCAUUGUCUGACACCUACAAAGAUCUACACGAGAUGGAGCAGACGGACUUUCAGGGUAUCUGCUGGCAAACGGUGACACAAAGCCUGGCGUGCACACGCCCACUGGGGCCCAACAGGAAGACCACGUACACCGAGUGCUGCUGCCGCUAUGGAGAGGGUUGGGGAAUGGACUGUGCMUUGUGUCCUCCCAGAAACUCAGCGGACUAUGCAGGCAUGUGCAACCUUCCCUGGGGUGGGGAACAGCGGCCGUACGGUAACGAUGCUCUUGUUGCUGGUCCCGUUCACGAAUAUGAAGUGAGUCCAGACUACCUGCCGUCACCUGAGCAGCAGCUUGGCCCAACCUUUUAUGAGAAUGAAGAGUAUCCUUACAGAGCAUUUGAGGGGUUGCAAGCAGAGGAGUGUGGGAUCUUGAACGGCUGUGAGAACGGUCGGUGCGUUCGGGUCCAGGAGGGGUACACCUGCGACUGCUUCGACGGCUACACCCUCGACCUGUCCCGCAUGGCCUGCAUCGAUGUGAACGAGUGUUCCGAGCUGAACAACCGGAUGUCGUUGUGUAAAAAUGCCAAAUGCAUCAACACGGUUGGCUCCUACCAGUGCUUGUGUUUGCCAGGCUUCAGUGCGUCCGACAAACCAAACUACUGCGUGGCGGCGGAGACACAGCAAACAUCCACACGCACGCAGUGAGCGGGGACAAAGUGUGGGGAAGUGGGAGGCACAAGGAACACCAAAGCCACACGCACAAACUCGUGUCUCCGUACUUGUCGGGACGUCCGCGCUCGGUCGAUGCCACACCCUCGGCUGCAACCAAAUUCUGAACGUCCUGAGAGCGGAGCGGACCAUCGGCACCAAGCGGGAGGAGGAAAGACGGGGACUACACCUUUUAGGGUUUUACAGACUGAAAAGCAUCACAUAUGAACCAAUCUGUCUGUACGGACGUUUUCUACCUAAUUCUGCUUUGUCCUGUUAUUAUGUUGUCAUUAGCUAAAUUUAUACCUUCAGUGUCAGUGGCCAUUUUUUAAAUUGAAAUUAUUUGAUUCUUUAACAUAUUUUUGUCUUGCAAGGUUUCACACUCUUUUGGACUUUGCCUCCAAAAACCUCUAAAAUGUACAGUAUUUUUGUAGGUUUUAAAAUGUCAGGUUUGUGACAACAUGGUGACAUCAGGCAGACUUCACCAUCACUUCAGGCACAACAGACGAACAAUUUGAAUGUUUGUGCCUCCAUUUUUUGCUUAUUUUGAUUGUAGCUCAAAAGGCAGAUAAAGAAAUGUAAUUGCCCCCCCUACAUAUCACACGUCAUUAUUUAUUUACCAAACCGACAAAACCCCUGUUUCUAUAGAGGGUGUUCUUCAUUGUAUACCAUUUGUGCUUYUUACCUUUUUUUAAAUUUUGUAAAUAAAUGAUGACAACAUGUAAAA